CAGAGCGAGCGCGCAGCAGCGGAGAUAGCGGCGACCCCACCGCGUAUCCGGCCAGGCCUCCGGCGCCCCGCGCCCCUGCGCCCCCGCACCCCCGCGCCCCGUUCUUCGCACCGAGGCCCCGAGGCCAGCCAGGCCCCCUUGCCGGCUGCCCGCCAGGCCCCGCGCCGGCCCGCCCGCCUCCCAGGACCGGCCCGCGCCCCGCAGGCCGCCCGCCGCCCGCGUCGCCAUGGGAGUGGAGGGGUGUACCAAGUGCAUCAAGUACCUGCUCUUCGUCUUCAAUUUCGUCUUCUGGCUGGCUGGAGGCGUGAUCCUGGGUGUAGCCUUGUGGCUCCGCCAUGACCCGCAGACUACCAACCUCCUGUAUCUGGAGCUGGGAGACAAGCCUGCACCCAAUACCUUCUACGUAGGCAUCUACAUCCUCAUUGCCGUGGGCGCUGUGAUGAUGUUCGUUGGCUUCCUGGGCUGCUACGGGGCCAUCCAGGAAUCCCAGUGCCUGCUGGGGACGUUCUUCACCUGUCUGGUCAUCCUGUUUGCCUGUGAAGUGGCAGCCGGCAUCUGGGGCUUUGUCAACAAGGACCAGAUUGCCAAGGAUGUGAAGCAGUUCUAUGACCAGGCCCUACAGCAGGCUGUGGUGGAUGACGACGCCAACAAUGCCAAGGCCGUGGUGAAGACCUUCCACGAGACGCUUGACUGCUGUGGCUCCAGCACGCUGGCCGCUCUGACCACCUCAGUGCUCAAGAACAAUCUGUGUCCCUCGGGCAGCAACAUCAUCAGCAACCUCCUCAAGAAAGACUGCCACCAGAAGAUCGAUGAGCUCUUCUCCGGGAAGCUGUACCUCAUCGGCAUUGCUGCCAUCGUGGUCGCCGUGAUCAUGAUCUUCGAGAUGAUCCUGAGCAUGGUGCUGUGCUGUGGCAUCCGGAACAGCUCCGUGUACUGAGGCCCCGCAGCUCUGGCCGCAAGGACCUCUGCAGUGCCCCCCUAGUGACCCGGACACUUCUGAGGGGGCCAUCACCGCCUGUGUAUAUAACGUUUCCGGUAUUACUCUGCUACACGUAGCCUUUUUACUUUUGAGGUUUUGUUUUUGUUCUGAACUUUCCUGUUACCUUUUCAGGGCUGACGUCACAUGUAGGUGGCGUGUGUGAGUGGAGACGGGCCUGGGCCUUGGGGACUGGAGGGCAGGGGUCCUUCUGCCCCUGGGGUCCCAGGGAGUUCUGCCUGCUCAGCCAGGCCUCUCCUGGGAGCCACUCGCCCAGAGACUCAGCUUGGCCGACCUGGGGGGCUGUGUCCACCCAGCCCGCCCGUCCUGUGGGCUGCACAGCUCACCUUGUUCCCUCCUGCCCCGGUUCGAGAGCCGAGUCUAUGGGCACUCUCUGCCUUCAUGCACCUGUCCUUUCUAACAGUCACCUCCAACUGUAAUCACAACAUCCUGAAUCCGUCAUUUAAUAAAGAAGGAACGUCAGGCAUGCUA